AUGGCCCUGAGGCCGGAGUCGGCUGGCAGGUUCCCCAGACUGGCUCCGACAGGCAGCAUUGCACCCGGGCUGCCCAGCGGCCACAACAUGUCCCUCAACAGCUCAUGGGUGAGCUCAACGGAGCCCGGCUCCCUGGAGGACCUGGUGGCCACGGGCACCCUUGGGGUGGUGCUCUCGGCCAUGGGUGUGGUGGGUGUGGCAGGCAACGUGUACACGCUGGUGGUCAUGUGCCGUUACCUGCGUGCGUCGGCCCCCCUGUACGUCUACGUCGUCAACCUGGCGCUGGCCGACCUACUCUACCUGGCCAGCAUCCCCUUCAUCGUGGGCACCUACAUCACCAAGGACUGGCACUUCGGCGAUGCGGGCUGCCGCGUCCUCUUCAGCCUGGAUUUGCUGACCAUGCACGCCAGCAGCUUCACGCUGACCGUCAUGAGCAGCGAGCGCUAUGUGGCUGUGCUGAGGCCUCUGGACACGGUGCAGCGCUCCAAGGGCUACCGCAAGGUCCUGGUGCUGGGCACCUGGCUGCUGGCGCUGCCGCUGGCGCUGCCCAUGAUGCUGGCCGUCCGGCUGGUGCACCGGGGCCCCAAGAGCCUCUGCCUGCCGACCUGGGGGCCCCGUGCCCACCGCGCCUACCUGACGCUGCUCUUUGCCACCAGCAUCGUGGGCCCGGGCGUGGUCAUUGGGCUGCUCUACGCCCGCCUGGGCCGCGCCUACUGGCGCUCGCAGAGGGCCUCCUUUGGGCGGACGCGGCGGCUGCGCAGCCCCCGCGUGCUCUGUCUCAUCCUUAGCAUCGUGCUGUUCUUCUGGGCCUGCUUUCUGCCCUUCUGGCUGUGGCAGCUGCUCAGCCAGUUCUGCCCCGGCCUGCCGCUCGCCCCCGGGACCGCGCGCCUCAUCAACUACCUGACCACCUGCCUCACCUACGCCAACAGCUGCCUCAACCCCUUCCUCUACACGCUGCUCACCAAGAACUACCGUGAGCACGUGCGCGCCCACCAGCACUCGGGCGGCAGCAGGCCGGCAGCCGGUUUCCUGCGGCCACUCUGCCGCUUCCAGCGCGACGUGGGCCACUCGCUGUCCACCAGCAGCCAGCCGGCCACUGAGAUCAUCCUGUCCUCCCGGGCAGCCCCUGGGGUGGCCUGCGCCUGA